AUGACUGGCCAUGUAUCCAAGUCCAACCAAAAGCCCAAAAGCCGCCCGUCGUCAUUGGCAAGGAAGGCUGCUAAAAGGGCUAUGGCCAAAGUAAACUCAAAUCCGAAAAGGUCAUCUGCUCAUUUAGAACGUGUGGUGCAAUCUGUAAACGAUGCUACCAAAAGAUUGUCUCAGCCAGAAUCAACCGUCAGCGUCACUACAAAAUCAUCAAAAAGGAAAUCAAGAGAUACAGUGGGUCCCUGGAAGCUGGGCAAAACUCUAGGUAAGGGAUCCUCUGGUAGAGUACGCUUAGCUAAAAAUAUGGAAACAGGACAAUUGGCUGCUAUUAAGAUUGUUCCAAAGAAAAAAUCCGUUGUUCAUCGCUCGAAUAAUGGAACCGUUCCUAACUCCUAUUCGUCGUCGAUGGUCACCUCCAAUGUAUCUUCUCCGUCAAUAGUGUCCAAGGAACAUAGCAACCACUCUCAAACCAAUCCAUAUGGUAUAGAACGUGAAAUUGUCAUCAUGAAGCUGAUCUCUCAUGCCAACGUGAUGGCGUUGUUCGAGGUCUGGGAGAACAAAUCAGAACUAUACUUGGUACUAGAAUACGUUGAUGGUGGUGAAUUAUUCGAUUAUUUAGUCUCAAGGGGAAAACUACCUGAAAGGGAAGCAAUCCAUUACUUUAAGCAAAUAGUCGAAGGUGUUUCCUAUUGUCACUCCUUCAAUAUAUGCCACCGUGACCUAAAGCCUGAAAAUCUGUUGUUAGAUAAAAAAAAUAGAAAGAUCAAAAUUGCAGAUUUUGGUAUGGCAGCUUUAGAACUUCCAAACAAACUUUUAAAGACUUCAUGUGGUUCUCCACAUUACGCCUCUCCUGAAAUUGUCAUGGGUAGGCCGUACCAUGGUGGUCCAAGCGACGUCUGGUCCUGCGGUAUCGUUCUAUUUGCAUUGUUGACUGGGCAUCUACCCUUCAACGAUGACAACAUCAAAAAGCUAUUACUAAAAGUCCAAUCAGGUAAAUAUCAAAUGCCCAUGAAUUUAUCUGCUGAAGCUCGUAAUUUAAUAUCCAAAAUUUUGGUGAUUGACCCAGAAAAAAGGAUAACCACUCAGGAAAUACUAGAACAUCCUCUUAUUAAGAAAUAUGAUAAUUUGCCCGCUAAUAAAAUGCUUAGAAAAAUGAAAGGGGACAACAUGACGAGAGGAAAAUCCAAUUCAGACUUACACUUAUUGGACAACGUUUCGCCCUCCAUUGUAACUUUACACACAAAAAACGAAAUCGAUGAAUCCAUUUUAAGGAGUUUGCAAAUUCUUUGGCAUGGAGUUUCACGUGAAUUAAUUACUGCCAAAUUACUUCAAAAGCCAAUGUCAGAGGAAAAGCUAUUCUAUUCACUGCUGUUGCAGUAUAAGCAGCGUCACUCGAUUUCAUUGUCUCUGGAAAGCGAAAACAAGAAGGCCGCGAAAGAAACUAGUAUAAAUGAAUCGAAAAUAGAGAGCUCUUUGGAGCUUCCAAAUUCUGCAAACUCAAGAAGCGAUAUUGACGUGAAAACUUUACAUUCUUCUGAAGCUCGCUCGAAAAAUACACCAGAAUUCAAUCAUCAUGAGGAAACCAGUACUAACGCUGGCACAGAAAUGAACGCUCCAGUGCUUGCGCAAAAAUCUCAGUUUAGUAUCAAUACCCUCAGCCAACCAGGAAGUGACAAAUAUGAAGCAGAAGUCCCAACUCUACCACCUGCUAUACCUAUAUUUAGCGCCUCCUCAUCAAGAGUUUUCCGCAACUCUUUCUCUACUAUCUCUUCACGUUCGAGGAAAUCGCUACGCCUAUCGAGUUCCAAACUGUCAUUAUCAGCUUCAACUUCUAGAGAAACUAUGCACGAAAACACAAUGCCUCUACCCCAAUUGCCAAAAUCGCCUUCAAGAUAUUCACUCUCAAAGAAGGCAAUUCACGCGUCCCCAUCAAAUAAGUCCUUACUUAAGUCACUCUCAAGGAACCAUAUAACCCCAAACACCACUGUAAGAAGAACCUUGCAAAAUUCGGCGUCAAAGAGAUCAUUGUACUCAUUACAGUCGAUUUCGAAACGUUCCUUGAACUUGAACGAUAUACUGGUGUUCGACGAACCCCUUCCUAGCAAGAUACCGGAAACUGGACAUACGAAUAAAUCUGAACCGCAUUCUUUGGAAUCGGACUCGGACUUCGAAAUCUUAUGUGAUCAAAUAUUGUUUGGGAAUGCUUUAGAUAAGAUUCUUGAAGAGGAAGAGGAUAACGAAAAACAGAAAGAUCUUCCAAAACCGUGGAGUGAAAAUACAAAAAUUUCAACAGGUAUUACUAUGGACGUUGAGGUUUCUAUGAAUAAAGAGAAUGAAGGGCCAGAAAAAAGUUCAACCAAGAUUGAAAAAGACUUAUCCAAUAUUCUACAUAACCAGUUGGAAGAGAAUUCAAAGAUUUCAUCAUUUUCUGUGUUUAAGGAAGAAAGUGCUCCGUCUAAUUCAGUUUUCAUGGAAAGUAAAAAAUCAGAAAGAGCAGUCCUUUCAGAUAUCACGAGCUCGUUCAAUAAAGCUAACAAUGACUUUUUCAAAAGUGAAAAGUUAACAAUGGAAAAACAGAACCAUAAGGCCCAGCCUCGGAAAAAGAAUGAACUAUUUUCACCACCGAAAUCUACUCAAACCCAAGGACAGCGUGUAAAGUCUUUACCUGGUGUCAAAGGUAAACCUUCUUUAUCUCUAGACCCUCGUCGUAACAUUUCUCAGCCGGUGAAUUCGAAAGUCGAAUCGUUAUUGCAGGGACUGAAACCUAAAAGAGGUCCGCCUUCCCAUUGGUCCCACCAGAGCGGGUCCUUGUUUGGGGAUGGACCCAACGCGGAUGAAUACUCGAAUAAAACGUUAGAUAACACAUUCGAAAGUUCAAGUGUUCCUUCAACCACGGUAGCAACAGAUUCAACAGAUCCUAGUGUUCUAGCAGAAUCUAGUACGAUCCACAAGCCAAUGUUGUCAUUACCUUCAACUCUUUUAAACACCUCUAUGACGUUUAAAAAUCUUAGCCAAAUGCUUGCUGAUGAAGACAAUGACAAGCACCUAAGCAUACCUCAAAAUCAAUCUAGGAGUGUAGCGAUAUCGUAUCCUUUGCGAAAACAGUCCACUAAGAUAUCUUUGACACCAAGAUCUAAUUUAAACACUAAUUUAUCGAUCAAACGUAAUCAAAGCUCACCUGGAUCGUAUUUGAGCAAUGACCUAGAUGAAAUCUCAGAUAUGACGUUUGCGAUGGAAAUACCGACAAAUACUUUCACCGCGCACGCAAUUCAAGUAAUAAAUAGUGGCUCGAGCAAUAAUACGACUGGUGCAUCACCCAAAAUAUCUUCUUUUACAAAAGAUAAAAAAGGUGAACUAGCUGGUUACGUGCCAAAAGGAGACAGAGCGGUUAAUAGCAAAACUAAUAAUAUUCUAGAUUACAAUGCACCAGGUACACACAAUGAAGGGGCCAUUAACAUUUUUGAGGAUGCUCCCUCCGAUGAGGGGUCAUUGAAUACAUCUUCUUCAGAGAGCGAUUCACAAGGAAGUGUACAUAGAAAGGCCGUAUCUAUCGAUACAUUGGCAACUACAAACGUUCUUACACCAGCAACAAAUGUUAGAGUAAGCCUUUAUUGGAACAAUAAUAAUGCAGGCAUUCCUCGAGAGACCACUGAAGAAAUACUUUCCAAAAUUCAACUAUCGCCAGAAAAGCCACCAAAUCCACAUGUGCAAAAGAGAUUCUCUUCCGCACGUGGUAGUCGUGAUAGUGAUGCGUUAGGCAUUUCCCAAAGUUUGCAGUCAAUGUUCAAGGAUUUGGAGGAAGAUCAAGAUGAACAUACGUCUCAGGCUGAUAUGCUUGCAUCAAGUUUAAACUACCAAAAUUCAAAGCUUUCUGAGGAGAACACUAACCCAAAGCAAAGAGUGACAAUGUUAUUUGAUGAAGAUGAGGAAGAAUCCAAGAGAAUAGGUUCAGAGAAAAUAAAAGAGGAACCCACUAACCUCGCUAGCAAAAUAGACGAGGAACCUGCACACGUUUCUUUAUCGCAUGAUACUAAUAAAGAAGGGCAUGUUGACGCCACAGAAAAUAACCAUUUAAAGGUUCCAAAACCCUUGCCUACUAAAUCUGCUAAAGAGCCUGCUUUGAGAUCGGGUUCCGCUGCAAAUACUAAAGGUCUAGAAAAUACUUCUAAAAGUGCCAAUAAAUCUGCAGUUGAAGAAGCGCCCGCUAAUGAUAAAAAAAAUUGGUUCGUCAAGCUAUUACAUAAUUUCUCAUCUCAUAAUAGUGGAACAAAGAUAUCCAAAAAUCACGUAACUAAAAUUUCAUUUGACGAUGCGCACAUACUGACAUUGAAUGAAUUCAACAAGAAUAGUAUCGAUUAUCAGCUGAAAAACUUGGAUCACAAAUUUGGCAAAAAAGGUGUGGAAUACGAUUGUAAAUUUGUAAAAGGGAACUUUAAAUUUAAAAUCAAAAUCAGCACUCUGCCCAAUGCUUCAACGAUCAUCACUGUAAAGAGGAGAAGCAAGAAUUCAAACACUACUUCCGAUAGAGCUUUUGAAAAGUUUAAUAAUGAUGUGGAAAGAGUAAUUAGAAAUGCUGGACGUGUAUGA